AGAGGACUGGUGAGCUUUCAGCUUUGGCUGCUUGGAGGUUGCAUCUCCCCCAAGAGGAAGGCUUCUCUAGUGAUGGACCCCUACAUGAUUCACACCAACGGCGAUGGCAACCUCUCCCCGGUUCUGGAUGUGCACGUCAAUAUCAAUGGGAAAGGCUCUGGACUGGGAAAAAUGAAAGGCAGGAAGGCCAGGUGGUCUGUGAAGCCCUCUGACAUGUCUGACAAAACUUUUAAUCCCAUCCGGGCCAUUGUGGACAGCAUGAAGGUGAAACCUAAUCCAAACAAAGCCAUGAUUUCUCUGUCCAUUGGAGACCCAACUGUGUUUGGAAACCUACCUACCGAUCCUGAAGUUACACAAGCAAUGAAAGAUGCCCUGGACUCUGGGAAAUACAACGGUUAUGCCCCAUCCAUAGGAUACCUGUCUAGCCUGGAGGAGGUUGCUUCUUAUUUCCACUGUCCUGAGGCACCAUUGGAAGCUAAGGAUGUCAUUCUGACAAGUGGCUGCAGUCAGGCUAUUGAACUUUGUUUAGCUGUGUUGGCCAAUCCAGGACAAAACAUCCUCAUUCCAAGACCCGGUUUUUCUCUCUACAAGACUUUGGCUGAAUCUAUGGGAAUUGAGGUCAAACUAUAUAAUCUCUUGCCAGAGAAGUCUUGGGAAAUUGACCUGAAACAACUGGAAUCUCUGAUUGAUGAAAAGACAGCUUGUGUCAUUGUUAACAACCCGUCAAAUCCCUGUGGGUCAGUGUUCAGCAAGAGUCAUCUUCAGAAGAUUCUGGCAGUGGCUGCAAGGCAGUGUGUCCCCAUCCUAGCUGAUGAGAUCUAUGGAGACAUGGUAUUUUCAGAUUGCAAAUAUGAGCCAUUGGCCACCCUCAGCACCAAUGUCCCCAUCCUGUCCUGUGGAGGGCUGGCUAAGCGCUGGCUAGUUCCUGGCUGGAGGUUGGGCUGGAUCCUUAUCCAUGACAGAAGAGACAUUUUUGGCAAUGAGAUUCGAGAUGGGCUGGUGAAGCUGAGUCAGCGGAUCUUGGGACCCUGUACCAUUGUCCAGGGAGCUCUGAAAAGCAUCCUGCGCCGUACCCCUCAAGAGUUCUACCACAACACACUAAGCUUCCUCAAGUCCAAUGCUGAUCUUUGCUAUGGGGCAUUGGCUGCCAUCCCUGGGCUUCAGCCAGUCCGCCCUUCUGGGGCCAUGUAUCUCAUGGUUGGAAUUGAGAUGGAACACUUCCCAGAAUUUGAAAACGAUGUGGAGUUCACAGAGCGGUUAGUUGCUGAACAGUCUGUCCACUGCCUCCCAGCAACGUGCUUCGAGUACCCGAAUUUCUUCCGGGUGGUAAUUACUGUCCCCGAGGUGAUGAUGCUGGAGGCUUGUAGCCGGAUCCAGGAGUUCUGUGAGCAGCACUAUCAUUGUACUGAAGGGAGCCAGGAGGAGUGUGACAAAUAGAGCCUCCUCUAUUCUCCUGAAGAUGUGUCCCUUCUGAGGAGGGUUGGACUGGGCUCUGCUGCUCCUCAGUGAGUCAGACACCCCCACAGGGAGAGGAGCCUCAAAAGCACCAUGUCAGGGAUUCAGGAUUGUUCCUACUUUCCCCCGUUCACAUCCACAUGCACACUCUGAACCCCAGAUUCUCCUCUCGCUCUGCUUGGCUGGAGUGACUCACUAGUUAUUUAAUUUGUCCCCCUCUCAUAUGGCUUCCUCCUUUUUUCCCUGAGAAUACCAGGUGAACAAAGUUUACCAGAAAGCAGUUAAGCCUAUAAAAGUAAGAGUUCAAGGUGGGAGAAACAAAAGACUGUGAGAACAGGUGCCCCCAACUAUUUCCUUAUGGUCUAACUAAGGACACUGUCCAGACAGGUUUGACGCCCAACUCUGUUACUGCCUCAUUUCAGGUAUACCUCAUUUUUGCCACAGAGAAACAUGUAUCUGGCUGGUUUUAUUCUAAACACAUUUGGAAAUUUGCUAUUUGAAGGAUCAUUUAAAGAAAUAUUUUCAUGGAUUAUUUUGGUAAAGAAUUAUUUUGUGAUGCAGAUAAAUAACCUUUAAUUGAUCAGUUUCCUAAAUUUAGUUUUACAUGCAUCAGGCUUUCUUAAAAUGAGACCACAUCUUGUUUUAAGAGAAAAGAGAAAUCAGAGGAUCUUCAAGAAAUACUGCUGUAAAUAAUACUGCCAAAAAUAUCCUCACUUGUCAUUGUUACAGAAUCAUUAUCAC